AUGGCUCCUAUGAAGAAGCUCAUCUCCCGCAACACGAAGGGCCAGUACCGCAAGAUCGACUACGGCCGUGUGAAGACCAUCAAGGGCAAGAAGUAUGACCGCACGAUCUUGAAGGCUGCCGACAUUGCGGUGAAGGGUGCGGGCGAUGGUCGCAUCUCGCAGAAGGAUGCCAGGAUGAUCUGCAGAGCUUGUAGACCUACAACUGACGGCCGCUCCAGCUACUCUGCCAUUGAGAAGGCAACCAUGGCCUAUGUCCGCAAGACCUACAAGUUCACGAAGUCUGCGGACACGGCCGUGCGGACCUUCAUCUCCAAGAUGGGUGCCAAGCAAGGCCGAAAGGAGAACCGAGAGAUGGCAGCGGCGACAAGUGUCGCCAAGAGCAAGGAGGGAGUGCCAUGUUGGGAUGGUACCCCCGCCAGUUUUGAAGAGUACUCAGAACAGGUCAUGAUCUAUGAGCAAAGCACCCCCUUCCACAAGCGAUACCUGGUGGGGCCAAGGCUGUUGGGCGAACUACAGGGUGCCGCGAAGCGGCACGUUGCCGGGCAGCCAGCAACCUGGCUCUCCAACGACCAAGGCGUGGAGACGCUACUUCGGCACCUACGGGCAUGCUUAGGCAAGCCCCAAAUCCCCGAGUUGACGGAGUACCUGAACCGUUACUUCCGUCAGGGACGCCGAAAGCAGAAUGAAUCGAUGAACGAGUACAUCGCCAGGAAGUGUGAGCUAUACCUCCGGGCAUGCCAGGCCAUGGCUCGAGUAGCUCCACACCACCAGGUGAGCAUCAAGGAUGAGGCGAGGACCAGUGGAACAGGAGGGAGCGCCGCAGGACAAUGGUCGGCCGGUGGAGGCUGGCCGGAGAGGAGUCGCCGGAGCAGCUGGGACUCCCAGAUGACCUACGAUGAUGGCGAGGAGAACACACCGGCACCGGUGCAGGCCGCUGCACCCAUGCCAAACAGUACCAGCGCGACUACAGAGACCCCCGCCAGCGAGGCAGGAACGCAGCCCACGACCGAGGACGCCUGGUCAUGGGGCAGCGCACCAUGGUGGCAGUCGCCUACUUGGUACUGGAGCGACUGGAGCAGCUAUGGAUAUGGGCAGCAAAGUUGGUGGCGAGCCGAAGCAACAGCUCGCGAGGCCCGCCACGUCAAGCUGCUACCUGAGCUGUUACCAGAGUUCGUACAGGGAUGGUAUCUUCUGCAGGAUGCUGGACUGAGUGCCAGCGAGAAGAACCUAGUGAUGACCGCCAUCAGGAACGAUUUUUCCGUACAGCGAGUGGCGCAGGAGCUGAGGACACAGUUUCUGGACAUCGAACAUCGCCGACAUGAUGGAGCAGGCAAGCACGCCGGUUACUGGGGCGAAGACAUGGACGAGGAAGAGACGGAGAACCCCAACACCGAGGACGGCUUCAGCGUCGAGGACCUAGAUGAGGAGGACCAGGUGCUCUGGGCGGAAGCCGAGGCUGAGGCGCAACAGGCUUGGGCCGUUGUCCAAACAGCCCGGCGCACGCUCAAGGACGCACGAGCGCGGCAAAAUGCCGUGAAGCUGUCGCGAAAGUACUACAAGCCCAAUGGUGGCGGUGGUAAAGGAGGUGGUGCUCCACGGUUUCGUGAAGAUCUUCAGUGCCUCAAGUGCGGCCGGAAGGGCCACCGGACCCAGGACUGCCGUUCAGGGGGAGCUUCCAGCAGUAGCUCAGGAACCACUACACAGUCAGCGCCCUUCGUGUGCUACUCCUAUGAGGAGCAAGCGCUCAGUGCACAGACGCCAGACGAGCAGGCGUGGUGGAGCACCAAGGAAGCCGUGCGAGAAGGAUAUGCAGUGGUCGAUGGCGGGGCCACCCGCACCUUGGGGAGCGUGGAAGCCAUUCACCGGGUCAUGGAGCUCAACUCUCGCAAGCACGGGAGCAACAGGGUGAUCUCGGUGAACACCGAGAACAGGCCAACAUUUGGUUUCGGCAAUGCAACAGAGGACCAGUGCGCCAGCACCGUGGAGAUGGGCAUCACCGCAGGAAACCGCCCAGGACAGUUGACCAUCCACGCACUGGACCGCGGCGAGACACCAAUCCUUCUCUCAGUGUCGACGCUGAGGUCGCUCAAGGCAAUCAUCGACUUUGAGCAAGACCUGGUUUGCUUCAGAGCCAUCGACCCCCAGAAGAUUCUCAAGCUGGAGCGCUCGAACACAGGCCACCAAUUGAUAUCCUUAACCGACGACUUGUUCGAGAAGGCCAAGCGCACUCGCGAUCCUGUACCCAGCCUGCGAGAGUUUGUACAGAAUGCCGCAGAGUAG